AUGCCACCUGCCGAUGUAAAUCCAUACGAAAUACCUCCGCAGAUUUUUAAUGGUACACCAGUGUACAGAUUCUUACACGAGGAAAAUGAAGUGAUGCCACCUGCCAACGUAGAUUCAUACGAAAUACCUCUGCAGAUGAAGAAUGACACUUCAAUGUCCAGAUCGUUAGACGGGGAAAAUGAAACGGCCGAUGAUGUUUCGAUGUACUUAGAGGUUCUGAUGCCUAACUCGGAGAUUCCCAGGACACAUGUUAGGGUCCAUGCAGAGAUCGGCAGUGGAUCCUUUGGACAGGUUUAUAUGGGAGAAAUAUAUAAUCUGAAUGGCCAAGGAGAGUGGACGGCAGCUGCAGUGAAGACAGUCAGAGAUCCUCAUGAUUCAGCCCUUGUCAAAGAUUUGAAAGAUGAACUAAAAGUGAUGCAGACUCUUCGUCCACAUCCAAAUGUAGUCACUCUAUUUGCGUCUUGCACGCGCGAUGGAGGUACGUUUUACGUUGAUCUCUUAAUUUAUACGCGACAUGUGAACCUUUCCAUUAUUGUUAUAUCUUCUCAUAUUAAACCUACAUGUAAAUACCGCUGAAUGAGGACAUAUGUUUAAUGUACUUAAGUAAAAUGAUAUUGUGAUUUCUUAAAGCAUUUCUAUUUGAUAUUCGCAGUGUGUUCAUAAUAUGAUAUACAUAAGUAACCAACAUACAGGAUUCAGUGCUCAAACACAAGUUGAUGAUAUGUCGCAUAAUAACUAUACAUAAUAGGUUCUGAUUU